UGGAAUUUCUCCGCUGGAAAGAAGCAGCAGAGCCCGAUGGAGCCUCCGUCUACCUCUCUCGGGUGCUGCUGCUGCUGCUGUCCGAGGUUGGGAGGGAGACGCAGGCGAGGCCGGAGAAGGAGGGAGGAGGAGAGAAAGUAGCAAGGGAAACGUUUAAAAAGCCUCUGUGUAUCAUGAUAUUUCACAAGACAUGGUUGUUAUCAAGACUGAGAAGGUGGAUGAAGGCUGCAGUAAUGAUGGAGGAAACUGCGAGGCCCAGGAGUCUCAGCCUUCUCCUCUGGCCCUGCUAGCAGCCACAUGCAGCAGGAUUGAAUCUCCCAAUGAGAACUCUGAUGGUUUACAGGGGCAACAGGGAGGCUCAAGUGAACUGGACCUUGCUGCUGCAACUCAAAUCUCCCAAAGUGCAAAUGGCUGGCAAAUAAUUUCCACUGCUCCUGGAACGUCUGAUUCUCCCAAAGAUUUGGGGAAUAGCGGCAAUGAAGACAACGAUUCAUCAUCCAAAAACCGAGCUGCCACCACUGGGCAGUAUGUGGUUGCUGCCACCCCAAAUAUGCAGAACCAACAAGUUCUGACGGGCUUAUCAGGGAUGUUGCCGAAUAUUCAGUAUCAGGUGAUUCCCCAGUUUCAAACUGUGGAUGGGCAACAGUUGCAGUUUACCACUGCUCCCACUCAAGUGAGUGUCCAGCAAGAUGCCUCUGGCCAACUGCAGAUAAUUCCAGGAACUAACCAACAGCUCAUUACAAACAGGUCUGGCACAGGCAAUAUCUUGGCUGCCAUGCCAAAUCUUCUGCAGCAGGCUGUCCCCAUUCAGGGAGUAAAUGCUCUCUCAGGGCAAACCCAGUAUGUCACUAACGUCCCCCUGGCUUUGAACGGCAAUAUCACCUUAUUGCCUGUCAACAGCAUUGCUGCCAGUUUGGCCCCCACAUCUCAGUCAGUUACUCUAAGCAAUUCUAGCUCUCCGGAGAAUAGCGCUCAGACAGUUUCUGUCACGUCAAUCAGUUCCUCAAGUAUGGCUGCGACUCAAGGCAAUACCGCCUGUUUUUUCACCAAUGCUAACAACUACAGUGCCACUACCACCACCAGUAAUUUGGGCAUCAUGAAUUUUUCUACUGGCGGCAGUGUGGGGACAAACGUUCAGGUGCAGGCGCCAGGGAGGACAAACAGCACUCAGAAUGCCGAUGCUGUGCAAGUUGCAGUCCAACAAGGACAACAGAAAGAUAUUGAUCAAAACCAGCAGCAGCAGCAGCAGCAGCAGCAGAUCCUAGUGCAGCCUCAACUUGUUCAAGGAGGACAAGGCGGCCAGACCUUUGCUCCUCAAGAUGCCCUGCAGAACCUGCAGAUCCAGGCCCUCCCCAACACUGGUCCGAUCUUCAUUCGAACGCCCACUGUAGGGCCAAAUGGACAAGUCAGCUGGCAAACUAUUCAACUUCAAAACCUUCAGGUCCAAAAUCCGCAAGCUCAGACAAUCGCUUUGGCUCCCGUGCAGGGGGUGUCCCUGGGGCAGACGGGGAGCACCAGCACAACACUCACACCGAUAGCUUCGGCCUCUCUACCCAGUGGCACAGUCACUGUAAAUGCCGCUCAGCUAUCCUCUGUACCGGGCCUUCAGACCAUCAACCUUGGGGCCCUGGGAUCUGGCAUCCAAGUUCAUCAGCUGCAAGGGCUCCCUCUCACCAUAGCCAAUGCCUCUGGUGAUCAUAAUACCCACCUUAGCCUCCAUAGUACUGCUGGUGAUGGGCUGGCUGAUGAUGGAACCACUCUGGAAGAAGGGGAAGGUAGUCCAGAUGCCCAGCCACAGCAAGUCCGAAGAAUGCGCAGAGAAGCCUGCACCUGCCCUUAUUGCAAAGACAACGAUGGCAGAGGCUCUGGGGACCCUGGCAAAAAGAAGCAGCACAUCUGCCACAUCCCAGGCUGUGGGAAAGUGUACGGGAAGACAUCUCAUCUGCGAGCUCACCUUCGAUGGCAUACUGGUGAACGGCCAUUUGUUUGCUCAUGGACGUAUUGUGGCAAGCGUUUCACACGCAGUGAUGAGCUACAACGACACAAGCGAACACACACUGGAGAGAAAAAAUUUGCCUGCCCUGAGUGUCCCAAGCGCUUCAUGAGGAGCGACCAUCUUUCCAAGCACAUCAAGACCCACCAAAACAAGAAGGCAGGCGCUCCCAACAGCGUGGCUAUGGACGUCUCUGCAGUCGCCAUUGAUGCGAAUGCUUCUACCGAGAGCACCGGUGGGGCAACACCUUCAGCCCUCAUUGCAACCAACAUGGUGGCCAUGGAAGCCAUCUGCCCAGAAGGCAUUGCACGCCUUGCAAGCAGUGGCAUCAAUGUCAUGCAAGUGGCUGAUCUCCAGUCGAUCAACAUCAGUGGCAAUGGAUUCUGAGGAUCUGUCUGAUCUUGUACAAACGUGAGAGUCUCAAGAUCCAAGAGAUGCCUUUCACGACAGAAGUGUGACGGAAGAUGGGGACUCCGCUGCCACAUAUAGCUUUCAGAUACUAUUUCUGUCUCCCAGGAAUAUUGUGUGCAGAAUAAGGUCUGCUUGCUGUAUAGGUCAGCCUGGUGAUGCCUAGAAUGAAUACUUGGGAAAUGGGAAUGGCCCAGAACUGAUUAAUUAAUUUUUAUUUUGCUUUUUCUUCCCCUCCCCCAUUAGGUCUCUUCACCUUUAUUAGGUACCCCAAUGCCAUCAUGCCUUGGUUCUAAAUGUAUAUGAUCAUUGAAAUACUUUUUAGCAGAAAAAAAUCUAUAUUAUUAUUGUUAUUAUUGUAAUUAUAUAAAAUUAUAAAAUAUGUUUUUUUGGAUGAAAGAGAUUAAAAAGUGCUGCAACCAAAGUCUUUGGUUGUAGUUCAGAUGCCUUAACUUGGAACUUAUUGAGCUGUUAAACGGCGCUCAGGCUUAUGUUCAGAUGCUAUAUUGCAUUUUAAUUGUAACUAUAAAAAUAUAAAUUUAGCUUUUCUUAUGCUUAACUUUUGUCUCCCCCCCCCCCUUCCCCAAUGUUCUGUUCCUUACUUGAUUAGACUCUCAUACAAAAAAAAAAGUUACUUCCUGAUAAUUUCCACUUUUCUCUAUUUGGAGAAAGGAGUGUCUAUUUAAGUCCCUGUCGCCUUUUUUUCUACCCAAAGUGGUAGGGUCCAUGACCCACUGUGCGUUCUGAACUUGCAAGGGAAAAUGAGCCUUAGGAAAGAUGAAAACGUGACACACAAUUUACGUUCCUUGCCUUCCAAAUGCAUGAAUUCAACUUUUAGCCUAAGGGGGAUUCUUUCCAGUUCCCAGUGUAAAGCAGUGAAUCCUCUUUGUUUAAAAAUAUUUGUGCAUGCAUACAAUCCAGGGGAACUGAACACCAGGAGUGCUGGAGAGGUCUCUAUAUGUGUUUUGGCUCAACUCAAGCCAUUUUACUACAGUGCAAGUUGGAACUAUAGUAUUGGACUCUGUUGUGCUUUGUUUAAGAUCUUGACAAAUGUUAUGGCCAUGUAGUUAAAGGGGAAAAAAAGAAGUCUGGGUUCUUUUAGCUUGAGAUACUGCAUUGCUGUGAAACACUAAGGGACUUGCCCAGGUCUUUCCAAAUUGACAAAUGAUCCAAUAUUUGGCUCAGGUGCUGGGCACUCCAUUGAGAAUAAACUAUGAAUUGGCUUUUGUAUCUCCUAUUUGUAACUUCUUUUUAGCAAUUUAGUGCUUGCUAGCCAGCUUGCUCCCUUUCCAAGGUUACAUACACCCUUAUGAGAACAAUUAUAAGGAAAUUGCAACAAAGGGAACUAAAGUGGAAGUUCAGAUACCAAAGAAAUAAGUGAAGAAAGCCAGUGCUUAGGAGAUUUUAAAAAAAGUGAUGGGGAGAAAAAGUGAUGCUUGAGAGUAGUUGUGGAAUCUCUGUUAAGGAACGGGGCCUUAUGACACUCGCCUCCACCCCAGGAAGUCUUCAGACAGUUCAGGAUUUGUUCCUAAAAUCUCUUCUGUUUAGAGUGAACCACUUAGACAAAUUGUUCAGUACCUUACCAGGUUGAUCAGUCCUAUGUCCUUUUCCCUCUGCUACUUAAAACAAGCAGCUCCACAGGUAGCGUGACAGAUUUUGUUUUAUUAAGUAUUGAGGGAAAUUUUUUAAUUGUUACAUAGCCUUCAUGAAGCUCCUGCCUCUUGCAUACUUCAGUGCUGGUCAUGUGCAUGGUGAAUUUCUAUGCCCCAGAAAGUUCACAAAGGGUCCAUGAAUUGUUGCUGGGGUAUUAUAUAGCUGGCCAUUAUUUCCGUUGCUUUGCUCUGAACUUCUCUCGUCGCUUCACUCCUCAGUAGCUUAAAAGCCAGUUUAUUGUUGUUUUUCCUCUGCCUUCAUUAUAAAGUGUUGUGUUGGUAACAUUUUGAUGCCCCUCUUGCCAUGUCCUGUUCUGUUUUCCUUUUAUUGUGUUGACCCUCCUCCUCUCUUGCCUCCAUCUGGAGCCGUGUACCAGAAUCAUAUGAUUUAUAUAUCUAUAUCUAUAUAUGUAUGUAUGCAUGUUGCAGUGGUUUAGCAGAGCUGAAUUACAACAUCAUUUUCAUCAGGGACAGGGAGAAAAGAUCAUCAUUUUUCCUUCCUCAGGACAACAUUCGAGUUAAGAUUAACAGUCCCCAAAAUUGUCCAGGUGCUUGCAUCUGCAGAUCCUUACCUGGAGUUGGAUAACGCUUUCAUGAUCUUGUGUGAGUUUUUAAUAAGAAUAUUCUUGUUUCACAAAUGCUGCUGGUUGAGCUGAGAGAGGAUGGAAACAAGACCAAAAAGCAUAAGCAUCUUAAAGCGUAUCAAAAACAGAAAAGCCAUGGUGUAAAUCGUUGACUUCUAUAGUGGUUGUGAAUUAUUUGCACUGGUGAAUUGCUUUUGCCCAAUUUGUAUUGGCUGAGAUGAAAUGAUCACUCCUUGCUUAGCCUUUUCCCUUUUUCUCUAUGAUUUCUUUAUUCAUUUUGAUGGAUUGGAUUGUAAAGGGCAGACUUAUACGAGUAAUGUAAGAAACAUACAGCAAACAUAAGAAACCUACAACAAAUAUAAAGGAAUGUACAACCAGGAGGACUGAGUAAGUAUGUAACUCGAGCAUUUUAUGAAGAAAGAGUUUCCUUGUCCAGAAAGUAGGGAUUUGUGAUCUUAUAUUGCUGUUAGAUUAGAGGUAAAGCAGAUUGUAUUUCUAACACAGUGCAACUCAAAAACAAGAUAAUAUUUUAGGGUCUUGGAGUUGGAUGUUCCAGAGUCUUCAAGUACUGUAAUACCAUUACUGAAAUAAUUGGAUAAAGGCAUUAUUUGCCAUAGCGAAGGGAGCUUGAUGUUCUAGAUCAGGAGUCUCCAACCUUGGCAAGUUUAAGACAUUACACAAUAUGUCGGAUUGCAGGAUAGAUAGUUCCCACUUUCUGAAAGAAUCGUUGUUUCUUUUCCCCUUUAAACUUCCCUAUAAUGCCAGAUCGUGCUUGUUAAUAGCAUCCAUUAUCAAGUAUCUGUUUUCCUAGCAGAUGUGGUGUUAAUGGAAUGCUGCUAUGACCUAAUCAUUUUUCUUCUGCUACAGAAAAUUACCACUAGCAUUUUCUCAAGUGCUACACUGGUCUGUAUAAAAGCCUAUCUAUUCACAUUUACACAUUUUCGCAGCUGAGGAAACAGCAUCCUUUUUUUAAAAAAAUGCACUGGAUAGUUUUUGUUAUUUUGAGCAUUGCUUUCUCACUCAGUUCAGUGUGACUUGUGGAAGGAAUCCAUCUUUCAUCUGUAAAUGAUUAUUAUUUUUUGUGUGGUCUUAACAGACUUUCUGAGUCUGGUGUCUCAGGUUGCCCAUCACAGAUUUAUGAGUCUCUCUCUUCUCAGCUCCUCCUGUUUGUUUUCUAAAGAGCAAUAUUUAGUUUACAGCUAUUGCUACAAGUCAGGAAGCCAGAAGGAGGGUUCCCGGUUAGUGAUAGAAAUCCAAUAAAUCUGUGAAGCGUGAACCCUUAAGGGAAGGGAAGAUGCUAUUAUAAAUCUCUUUACUUUCGAAGGGCAGAAAUAAGGAGAGAGGGUGAGCAUUUUUAUUUGUAAUAAUCUAAAUCUUAAAAAUGAACUGGGUGCAUGGAAGAAUUCUGUUUGGGGAAUAAUACAGAAUUUGAGGUCCCUUGGUAGAUGGCAGUAUUUGUUUCUCUUAAGUAGUGUAAACAAUAUCUCAUUGCAGCACCCGGUGACAAUUACUAUUGUGCCUCUUUUUUUUUGGUCAUACGCUUUUUCUGUGUUUCUGCUAGAAUUGAACGUAUUUUCUGCAAUGUCCAAAGUAAAUGUUUAUGCAUGGUAUAUGCCAAAUAUUUAGCAGAGUAUUGCGGAAAGUGGUCUUUACAAAGAUUAUAUAUUGCAUAGUAGUAUUGAAUUCCUUACGUAUGUAUCCCUCUUCCCGCCAUCACCCUGAUCUAAAAAUGCUGUUUUGGUUUUCAACCAAGCAGAGAAAUAUUCAACUCAGGUCAUUUUUUUUUAUUUCAUGUGUAAAUAAUAUUGUCUGAAAUAGGCUCUUAUAUGUACUAUCACUGAACAUAAUAGCAGUUACAGAAAAAUUGACAGAAGAACAUGUAGUAAGUGCCUUUCCUGGAACUCAAAAAAAAAAAAAAAAGUCAGAAUCAAAAGUGGAAAUGGAAAUUAUCAUUGGCUUGAGACCACCUCGGUUGCCUUUUUGGUAAGCCUGUGACACUUUCAAUAGCACUGUAUUAAAUUUGUAAUUUUGCAUUUCAUUUAAACUCCUGAUUAGUUGUUUUUAAAUGUCCUGAGACAUGAAUUGGCACCAGUACUGUAGCAUCACUUAGUUUUUUCUUCUGUCGUAAAAGAGAUUUGUUGCAUUAUUUGGUUUUAGCUCAGCAGACAAGAACUCAGAUCUUUAAAGUCUUAAUGUAACCACAACUGUUUACUACGUCUGCUUUGAAUGCAUAAGAGAUGUGUGCUAUUUGAAAUGGUGCCCUUGGAGAAAUUUGAUCUCUCCACAUGGGCAGCCAUGUAGGAAUGUCUUUGGUGCAGAAGGAUCUGGCCUACCUUCUGUUUCUCCCCUCCCCCCCCUUUCUCUUUUUUUUAAAGUGUUGUCCACACUUUUAAGCGGCAGUGGCAUCCCCAUUUGGGGCCACCAUUUUUCCAUUGUUCAGUUUUGUUUUAUAACAUUGUUUGCAGUGACUGUUCUUGUGACCCAGUCAGAAUGAUAGCGUGAUCCUUGGUUAACUGCUGGGCUGAGAAUGUCUGUUGCUUCCAAAAGAUGGCCUCUGCUUACAAAGGGGACACACACACACACACACACAAACUAAAAUAACAUCCUUUUCUGUGUGUAUAUAUGCUCAGAACAAAGCUUAGUUAUUUGUAUGAUCAGCACUAUUGGUGGACUUGAGUUGUGUUUUGUUUUUUUUAAAUAAAAGGAGCAUCCCUUUCUGGAGGCUAUUUCUUUAGGGUGAGGUUUGUUGUCUUACUGAAUACUUUCCCAUCCCAGAUGGAAGGGCUUCAUGAAUUUUGAAAAUGACUGUCCAGUGAGAGAGGGCAGGGUAAGCCAUUUAUUGGACGCAUGCUGCAUGUGUGAAUGUGUCUCAAUUCUAAGAAUAUUAAUUGAGGAUCGUUUAAACAUGUAGUUGCAAGCUGAGUCUUGGAAAAGCUUUACUGAGCCGCUGUUAAUACAAACUGGCCUUAAUAUAAAAUGUGUACAUAAAAGGAACCUCCUUCUUCCAGAUGGUAAAAAUUUGUUUAAUUUUUAUAUUAUCUUCAAAUUACUUGCAAUGCUGUUUUGGAAUAAAAUGUGCCUUUCCUUUUAUAAACAAGAAUUGUAUAUAGUUAAGCCAAUGCCAUCAGCCUUAAGAGAUCUCUAGCAUUUUGUGCCUUGAGCCAGACUUUUCUAUAUUAAAAUCUUGUCACAAUCCAGUUUAAAUGGUCCACGAGUGUCCAGUAAUUAAUUUAAUUUUCUUAAUCCACUGGCAAAAGGAUGAGCACUUGCUUUUCACAUAUUCUGUGGUGAUGGUUGGGCAGGAGGGAAUUUCGGCUCAGAUUCCAUUAAACAAUGCAUGUGCUUUUACAUCAUCUCCAACAGAUAGUAAUUCCCUUCCAUGGUUGCCUUUAUAUUUUUUCCCAGGAAGUGAGAAGUGAUCUAAGGUGGAUGCAUUUUUUUUUAAUUAUUACUUUUGUUUUUUUUCUGG